AUGUCAGUCCAUAUCCAACUUGAUCAGGCAGAAUCCAGGUGCUAUACAAACCUCGACUUCGUUUCCGGCAGCGUCAUCCUUUUCCUUCCAAACGAUGCGACCAUCUCUGCCAUCACGGUCAAACUCGAGGGAGAGAGUCGUACGCGACUCGCCGGCCCCAAGUUUCCCAAUAAUGAACGGUCGGAGAAGAAGAGAACCGAGCUAGAAUAUCACAAGCUCCUUUACAAAGUCCUUACCGUCUUUCCCACGCCAGAGCUUCAGGAAACGACGUCUGGUUCAGGAUUCACCCUACACGCUGGACAAUACAUCUAUCCUUUUAGGUUCAAGUUCCCAUUCAACAAUGAUUGCCAGAAGAAUCCAACACCAUUGAAAGAUCUCAAAGUCGGCCAAUUGAGUGUGCAGUUCGCAGUAGAUACCACAAGACAUGUUAAGCGAACCCUCCCGCCAUCAUUGAGCGGGUUUCCUGGCGAGGCGGAAAUCAAAUAUUAUAUCAAGGCGACCGUGGUGCGGCCCAAGUUCUUCCAAGAGAACAUCCGCUCGGUGGUCGACAUCAAGUUCCUCCCUAUCGAACCCCCGCGACCCCCAGACCGCCAUGAAGAGACCUUUGCCCGACGGAAAAGACAGUUUCAACAGCAUCACGCCCAGUCACAUAAGAAAGGAGUCUUGUCCAAGAAGUCCUCGACUCCAAUCUCGGCGAGAGAAGAGCCUCCAGCCUUCCAAGUCGACGUUCGACUGCCAAGUCCUGCCAUCAUCACUUGCAAUGAACCGCUGCCUCUCCGAAUCCUCGUCGAGAAAAUCAAUGACAGCUCGGCCACUGCCUUCCUAAGCAUGCUGCAAAUCGAGUUGAUCGGCUAUACGCGUAUAAGGGCGCACGACCUGGAAAGGACUGAAAGGACGAGCUGGAUCUUGACGUCAAAAGCCAAUAUGAACAUGCCGUUAGGUAACGGUACCGAGAAGAGUCGUCGAGAAUGGAAACUCCCUUCUCGGUUGUGGGAUGAUUUUCCAAUCCCCAACACUGUUUGCCCAUCUUUUGAUACCUGCAAUAUCUCCCGCCUCUAUGAGCUGGAAGUUCGAGUUGGCUUGGCGCAUGGCAUGGCUGAUGGAGUGCGUCCAGAGUUGAUUGUUCUGCCUCUAUGCCUACCUGUUUCUGUUUACUCAGGAAUUGCGCCCCCUCCGCAACUCCUGCAGGCUAUGGCCCACAACCGACGCCCGCAAGCAUCCUUUGCACCUCCUCAUAUCUUUCCCCGGCCAUCAGGAAGCAACGGAUCACCGACGACACCCUUACAGCCAGAUACAACGCUGGGGACCCCAUUGGGUACGCCGACAACUCCAAUGUCCGAAAGCAGCUCCUUCCCGACUCAAGUUGGCUCCUUCAACCCCCAACAUCUCAAUGAUAUCCCCGAUGAGGCGCCGCCGAGUUACGAGGACGCCAUGGCGGAUGAAAUCGCGCCUGUGGAUGGCCCUAGGCGGGAUUACCAAGUACCAUCACAGCCUCAAGGCCAGCAGAAUGCCUUCAACCCUGAUUCGAAACAGGCCGGCCUGGGGCGCCGUGUCAGCGAAAGACUGUUCCCAAACAACGAGCCCGCCACCCCUCCAAGCAGGGCUGUGUCGACACCAAGUGUCUUACAAUCAGCAUCGAUCGCUGAGAAUGGUAAUGAUGGCUCCCGAAACUCGCCAGCCCCAGAGGAUGCAAGCCGUUCUCCUCUAUGGAAGCGGAGCUUUUCCUCAAAGAAGGAUUAG